CUAAAAACUUCUACCCACUUCUGUCUUGAAAGAAAGGUAACUCCAAGAAAACAAGAUGGGUUUGACUCUAGUGUUCGCGAUUGCAAUUCUGGCUCUUGGUGCUAAUGGAAAGGGUCUCAGCACCAAGUUAGCAGAGAAGCCUGUGUGUGACGGGCAGCAGUUGGCGUGUACUUAUUGCCUUGACACCGUUACACUUCUGCAAGGGUCCGUUAACGACGCUGGUGUUGAGAGUGCUAUUGAAAAAUUCAUGCUUGUGAUCUGUGACUUCAUCAACUCCACAUCAGCUGGCAAACAGGAAUGCAUUAAGUACAUCAAUACUUUCCCAGCACGCGCUGAGGCUGCAUCCAACUCCAUCUUUGCCGACCCCCAGACACUGUGUGGGUUCGUUUGCAAGGCCCGAGGACCAGUGGGCGAUCAUUGCCAGCUCGCACCAACACCCAAGGUGGAAGACUGCCCCGUCACCGUAAGAAGUGACAAUAUCGCCUGCGAAGUGUGCAAGAGCGUCCCUACCUUCAUCAAACAGAUCUUGGGUGGCGAUGGUUUCUUGGAAUUGCUUGAGAAUUUUUUGCUGAUCAACUGUGACCUCAUUGCUCCCGGUUGCGCAAAGGACAUCUGUGUUAGUCACACCAAGUUUCUCAGCGUAAAAAUUAAGUUCGUUGUUAACGAGUUAAUGAGCCCUGACCGUGGCUGUGCAUUCAUUUGCGAUGUGUAAGCAGAGAGUCUAACCUGGAACCACUACACUGAAAAUCUGAAUCUGGACUUUUUUUAUCGAUGGUUUUUGUAAUAAUUGAUUUGUAGUGAUUGAAAAAGAUAAUGGAGGGGUGGAUCUCACAAAGAGUUAAGACUAUAGUCUUAUCUCGAGUAAGGAGUUACUCAUCCUAACUUAAGACUAGCCUUAAGUUAAGACUUAUGACUAGCCUUAAGGACUAGUCUUAUCUCAAGAUAGGACGAGUUACUCAUCCUAACUUAAGACUAGCCUUAAGUUAAGCCUUAUGACUAGCCUUAAGGACAGUCUUAUCUCGAGUAAGAAGGAGUUACUCAUCCUAACUUAAGACUAGCCUUAGGUUAAGCCUUAUGACUAGCCUUAAGGACAGUCUUAUCUCGAGUAAGAAGGAGUUACUCAUCCUAACAUAGGACUAGCCUUGAGUUAAGCCUUAUGACUAGCCUUAAGGACUAGUCUUAUCUCGAGUAAGAAGGAGUUACUCAUCCUAACUUAGGACUAGCCUUAAGUUAAGCCUUAUGACUAGCCUUAAGGACUAGUCUUAUCUCAAGAUAGGACGAGUUAUAUGCAUUAAGCUAUAUUUUUUUGCAUUAAGCAGCUCUAUGAAAAUGGGCCCUUAUUUGAAGGCAUUGAUAGUGCAGCUGGUAGAUUUAAAACGUUGGUUGCAGUAUUCUAUUUUAA